AUGACGACGGUGGCGGGGUCGAAUGUGACACUUGACUUCAUUGUGACAAUUGCAGGCACCCAACUCAGCUGGUAUGGCUUCAUACCAACAGAGCUUCCACACAAUCCUUCACUAGCGACAUACACAAUUGACGGCCAGACCACCCCAACCACAUUUACUUUGAAGGGCUUGAGCUCAGCCAAUUCGGCCACGAUCUACAACCAGCAAUUUUUUCAAACGCCCAAAUUGUCCUCUUCCGGGCCCCAUGAACUCGUAGUGACAUUCCGCGGGGACAGCUCCUCCACACCACUCACCGUAACCAAUAUCCUCAUCCAAAACGGCAAUCUGUCCAUUUCCGCUCCUUACACCCCCAGUUCCAGUUCCAGUUCCUCUCCUUCGAAAUCCACUGGUUCAUCAUCAUCAUCAUCCACGGGGAUAACAACCUCAUCCCCAACCUCCCACGUCUCAGCGGGCGCCAUAGCCGGUGGUAUAGUAGGUGGCAUCGCCCUCCUCCUCCUCUGCCUUCUCUUCGUCAUUUGUUUCCGGAAACGCCGGCGUGCCCCCGCUCUUCCCUCUACAUUCGAAGAAAAGGCGGUCAUAGAACCCUUCCACGUUCCCUCAUCACCGCCGCAGGACACGGAAUACACGCCACCCUUGCACAAUGCCGGAUACUCACGAAAACCCACACACGCCCCACAGCCCAGUUUCCAGUCGUACGAUCCCCCAAGUAGCGCUGCGACUUCGUCUGGCGGGGCACCGUCUAAUGUGGGUAGGCUGGCGCAGCAUCAGACUCAACCGCUUGCGUAUCCGUCAAGGAAGCAGAUGGAGGCGGCGAGCUCGAUAGGACCGACUACUGCGACGACCCAGGUAUCGUCCUCGUCGGGUGAUGCGCCUAUGUCUAGUGAUGUACCGAGUGGGAGGUCGAGGGUGGUGAUGCAUCAGGAUAGUGGGAUUCGGUUGCCUAGGGAGGCGGAGGAGGUUGUGGAGGUGCCGCCGUUGUAUACGCCUGGGUGA